AGAUGGCGGCGCGCGCGCAGCACCAGCUUCCGGGUGCCGUGCCCGCGGCAGGUUUGGAGCCUGGUGCUCUUGUUCGGAGUCGCAGACUUCCAGCUCCCUGUUGGGGCCGGGCGGCACCGAGGAACGAUGACUUGGUUUCCAGUGAUCACAUGACGUGUGAUUACGCCAUCGCAAUGACCCUGAGGAUUCCUGUUCCUGUACAUAAAAAUCACCAACUAUGCACUGAAGAAAUCUUUCAGGGAAUAGACACACUGAAGAAUCAAACUGUACAAAGGGAUACUGUGGAAAAGCUAUUCCAGAACUUGUCUUUAAUAAAAAAAUACAUUGACCUCCAAAAAAAAAAGUGUGGAGAAGAAAGACGGAGAGUAAAGCAAUUCCUAGACUACCUGCAAGAGUUUCUUGGUAUAAUAAACACCGAGUGGACAAUGGAGAAUUGAGACUAAACUAGUUUAUUGUAGCCAAAGAUUUUUGAAGAAGGACAAGGACAUUUUAUUGCAACGAAAAUGAGGGCCAACAAAGGGUGGAGCCUUAAUUUUCAGUGUAAUUAAACUUCAAAGGCAAAGUAAAUAUUAAAGCAUACUGCUACUUUACCACCUCACACAAGCAGAAAGAAUAGAGUAUUUGAGAUAUGUUUCAGAUAUUAGAAUCACUGAAGUAUUUUCCUCCAGUUUGCUCUUGGCAAAAUAGAUAUAUACUUUUAUCUUAUUUAACUUAACAUUCUGUAAAAUGGCU